AUGACGUUUCUAGCAUCGACACCUCUUCUCAUCGCCGUCGGUACUAUCGUAUUCUACACACUCAGCCGCUUCUUCUUGCGUAGGAACGACCAUGAUCUUCCUCUCCCUCCGGGUCCAAAAGGCAUUCCUCUCAUUGGCAACAUCAAUGACUUACCGAAGCCUGGAAUCCUCGAGUGCCAUCAUUGGCUCAAGCACAAGGACCUCUAUGGUCCUAUAAGCUCGGUCACGGUUCUCGGUCAGACCUUUGUCAUCGUCAACGAUGCGAACAUAGCAGUAGAGCUUCUGAGCAACAGAGCGGCGACCUACUCGGGGAGGCCACAUAUGGUGUUCAGUGGAGACAUCUCCAGCACGUCUCUUGCGGUGUUCGAUCGCGUCCAGAACGAAGAAGCAGCACAUUUCCUCCUGAAUGUCAUGGAGUCUCCUAAUGAUCUGUUCGAACACAUCAGGAAAGAAGCAGGUGCUGUCAUUUUGAGAGUCACAUAUGGCUAUACGCCAAACGCGAAGGGACCAGAUCCACUAGUGGAUGUAGCAGGGCAGGCAAUGGCCGAGUUUGCUGACGCAAGUGUGCCUGGAAGGUGGCCUGUCGACGUCAUGCCGUUCUUACGUUUCCUCCCAGACUGGUGUCCAGGUACCGGCUUCAAGCGUACAGCUCGGCAGAUGGCAAAGACCUUGAUACGCACGGCCGAAGAGCCCUACGCUUUCGUUAAGUCGCAGAUGCAGGAUAAGAAAGCGAAGACAUCCUUCCUCUCUCAAGCCAUCGAAUCUCUCGGCUCAGACGCAUCUAUGGAGUACAUCAACAAAUGGUCCGCUGCAUCCAUGUACCUGGGUGGCGCAGACACUACCGUCUCGUCGCUGAUGACGUUCUUCCUGGCCAUGGCCGUCUUCCCAGAAGUCCAGAAGAAAGCUCAAGAGGAGCUGGACCGUGUGAUUGGCGGAGAGCGACUACCAAUCACCAGCGACAAAUCAAGCUUGCCAUAUAUUGAGGCCGUAGUGAAGGAGACGCAUCGAUGGCAUCCUGUGGGGCCCAUGUCAAUACCCCAUUCCUGCACGCAAGAGGAUAGCAUCAAUGGGUAUAGGAUACCGAAAGGAGCGAUGAUCUUGCCUAACAACUGGUGGUUCACACACGACCCAGCCGUCUACCCCGAUCCUAUGACAUUCCGUCCCGAACGCUACUUCACGACACCAACCCAUAUCGCAGAGCCCGAUCCACGUACAUGGACAUUUGGCUACGGGCGUCGAGUUUGCCCUGGACGUUAUGUCGCAGACAACGCUCUUUUUGCGACGAUCGCGCAGUCGCUAGCUGUCUUCAAUGUCGAGAAGCCUGUCGAGAAUGGGAAGCUAGUAGAGCCCAAGGUUGAGUUUGAGCCUGGUGUGAUAAGCCAUCCAAAGCCGUAUCGUGUGAACAUCGUACCGAGGAGUGAGAAAUGCAGAGAGUUGGUCAAGCAAGCGGAGGAGGUGUACCCAUGGGGCGAAAGUGAUGCUGAGACUUUGGAGAAUCUGAGCUAG